UCAGUAUACUGCGUGGCAGCCUGGACCGCGGGCGGCCUGCAGCCUCCAUCGACGGCGUACGGAACGCGUCGACGCGGUGCUUGCGUGCAUUCGAGAACGCAUACGAAAACACGCUCGUUCGCACGAACGUAUACCCUUCUGCGUGUUUUGGAACGCACACACAGCAUCUGCAUCAUCAGCGCGCGCGACACAUGGUCCUCUCGUGUCCCGACCAGCAUCCCCGAUCACGCAUGAGGUCGUGCCUUCGCUCGGGGUAAUUCGAUCAGUAGCACGAGCGUGGCACGAGCGCGGCACGCAACAGCGCAGUCUGGAAGUGCGGAGAAGGGACUGUCAUGAUCGGCCUCGAGGACUACGUGCGCCACGUCGUUAUUAGCUGACUGAAGCCUAUUCCAAGAUCGAGCAUGACGUCCAGAAACAGUAGUGGUACCAGAGAAAACCCGAAGUCGCGACGAUCGGCACGUGUGACAUCCUCAGCGAAAUCGUAGCAGAAUGUGUUAACGAUAUCGGUGCGCUACCGGUCAACGAGAUCGGAAUUAUCGAUUGACCGAGCAGGCAAGGUAACGAGGUCGAACCGCGAGGAAUUGCGCCUUCCAAAGUGGGUCGAACCUGCGACACGCUUACUCUGCGGAGAGAGGAGAGCUGUACCAUUUCGCCGUGGAUGAGAUCCGCGGGAGAUUUGCGGCGAGCCAAGCAUAGGUGCGCGCGCGCGCGCGUGUGUCGUACGCGUGCACUUGUACAUGCGUGUCUAUGACAUAGCAUAGCGCAAACCACUACGGUAUGACGCGGUUCUUUGCUCCCGAUAGCUAAAAGCGGGUAAUAUACGGUAUUUGUGGCGAAAAGUGGACUCGAGACUGCGGAAAAGGGAGAGAGUGCCAAGAAAACGGAUCAACGAAGAUAAAAAAAGGAAAGACGGGGAGAGAAAUUGCUCGUGAGAGAAGUGGAAGGAAAAGAGAGAGAGAGAGAGGGAGCAAAAGAGAAGGAGAGAGAGAGAGAGAGAGGGGCAGACAGAGAGGAGCUAGAGAGAGUAAUGAUCGUGAAGACGGUCGUGCGGACAAAUGAACACCUCGGCACAGCGUUUGGGAUAUUCCAAAGAUGUGAGGAAUGAUCACGUGGAUGAUGGUCGGGCUGCUUCUGGCUGCGGAAACUUGCGGCAGAAACGUCCUCUCCGGAAACGGAAACGGAAACGGAAAGGAGGAGACGAAGCGGCGGGAGGAUCUGAAGAACGUCAGCGCGGACGAGGAAGACAUCUAUCGUCUAACGUGCUACACUUGCGUCAACGUCAGCGAUAACCAGAUGUGCAACGAAUGGGCGAUAGACACACCGUGUCCGGUGGGCGGCCGUGAUUUUUGUCGAUCGCUGCACAUUCUGGACAGUCGGGGGAACAGUGUCUUGGUAAGCAAGAGUUGCGCCAGCAGCGAGGAAUGCGGGCCAGCGUCGGUCGGUUGCAUUCCCGUGGACACGCAGCAGAUUUGCAUAAGUUGCUGCGACCUGAGCUACUGCAAUAUCGAGUCGCCCACCAAUGCCACCAAUGCGAUCUAUUCUCGCAAACGACGCGCCAAGUCGAAAUCGAAGCGCAAGCUUCGGCCCGGCAGAAACGGGGUCGAUGCGGCGACGCAACUCUACGGAUCCAGCUUGCUCUGGCUUCCCGCCUCGCUCUUCUAUGCAUAUCAUUGCUAAGAAAGCAGUAACACUAAUUGCGCAUACGAAGCGGACAGCGCGGAAAUCGCACGCGGAUCGCACGCCGCGGUAUCGUCGCGCCAAACAGCGUGAUUCGCCGAUUUCUCUUGAUCGAACGUUCUUUUCUGUGAUCUUUUUUUCUUCUGUAGUAUCAUACUCGCCUAAAUAAUCGACGCCGCCGUCUAAUUCCGACCAAGCUUUCUGAUGAACUUUCGCGGAAUCACGGGAAAACUAUUCUAUGCACUGAAAAGAAAAAAAAUUUAGAUCCAAGAAAAUAUUUAUUUAGAUGCUGCCAAUAACUUAUUUACUUAAUAUAUUUA